AACGGUUUACACAUACCUGACAUACCUGUAGCCCUUUUAUAAAGCAUGAUGACAAAACUCUCCUUGCAUUGGGUUGAUUGUCUUUUCCACCUACCUUCCAAUUCACAACGGAACAAAGAAUGGCCGUCGAGACCUACACGAUCCUCCCCACCAACAAAUACAACCGCCCACCUCCACCAUCGACAAUAGCACUUCAUGGCCUGGAUCUCCUCAAUCCCCCCAUACAAAUCCAUAAUCACCGGUUCUACCACCGCCCGACCAACACGACUUCUGAUGUAAUCCACAAACUGAAAUCUUCUCUUGCCGAAGCACUCGAGUUGUAUCCACCAGUUGCAGGAACUGUGCAAGCCAAUGAGGAGGGCGAGCCGUACAUCGCGAUGGAUGCCGAAAAUAUUUUGGGCACACCUUUUCUGGUCAACAUGAAAGACACGCCGUAUGCUGGCGAUACGGAGGAUUUAUCUCCUCGAACUGUCAUGUUGCUGCCUCCAUCCUCAAGCACAUUAGCAGUGAAAGUAACUCAGUUUUCCUGCGGAACCAUAGCCGUCGCCGCCUCCAUACACCAUCAGGUCGCGGAUCUACGUGGCUUUCUCGAUUUCCUUGAACUCUGGGCUCAGCUCGCUCGGGGCGAAGCUGUCGAUUUUACAAAAAUUCCAGAUGAUUGGUCUCAUAAUCCUGGUCGAUUUUUCCCGGGUCUGAUCAGUGAAUCGACAGUACCCACGUCUCCGCCUCCUCCAUUCAUGGUCCUUCCUGCUCCCGCAACCGGGCCACCUCCAUUUUUAUUGGCACCAUCAGAGAUUACAAGAUGGAAAUUCACCAAAAGUUCCAUGGAGCGCUUGAAAAGUGAUUUCUCGCCUUCUGCUUCUGCUUCUGCUUCUUCCAAAGAACACAAGUCUGAUCUGUGGAUUUCAUCGGGUGAUGCACUUGCUGCUCUUCUCUGUGGUGUCAUCACACGCGCUCGCAACAAUGCAAAUGUGGCAAGACUGCAGGGAAGAUCUAGCUUAGAGUCACAGACCGAGGAAAUUGCCAUGGCCGCUAAUGGUCGAGACAGAUCUCCUCUAGACAUGUCUGGACGAUACUUUGGAAACUUCAACACCCUUUGGAGCGCCACCGUUUCUCGCGCCGAUCUAUCAUCCCCCAUUUGUGAGUCAGGUUCUCGUGUCGCUCUCGCAAUUCGAAACGCUUUAAAUCUUCAACUUUCGCCAGAAGCCAUUGCCUACAAGAUUUCAUUUUUCGAAGCUCCCCAAAACACCCAACCUCCCGGUCGUAUUGAUUGGUUUGCAGAUAUCAUAUUGACCAAUUGGUGUCAGUUCGACUUGCAAGGUCCAAAGUUGGAUUUUGGUUGGGGAAAACCUUUUUGUGCAACGGCCGGCGGCGGUAGUGUCUAUCCGCCUGGAUAUUGCAUGAUGACGCAGGAGAAGGAUUCAGGAGAUGUUUUUGUUAUGAUGACAGUGGAAAAGGAAGGUGCGGAUGGGUUGAAAGCUGACUCAUUGUUGAACAAGUAUGCAACACCAGUCCCGGUUCAUCCAAGUUGUUGAUCGAUCUCAUAAUAAACAGCAACUUCAAAAGAAAAAGAAAAUAGCUUCUAUAGGUGAUAUUUGUUGAC